UGGAUGACACAGAAGCACCCACAACUAGAUACAAGGGAAUUAUAAUUUGCGUAUGUUCCUUUUUCACUCUCUCAUUUUUAUUUGGAAUAGUAGGGAACUUUGCCCUAAUGCUGCCGACAUUCUUGGAUGAAUUCCAUGCUGGAAGGACGUUAACAGCACUGGUUGGGUCAAGUCAGUUUGCAUUAAUGCUUAUGUUUGGUCCAUUGGUGGGAUCACUCAUUGACAUGUUUGGAAUGUGUAAAGUUUCAUUUGCAGGAGGAUUUCUAUAUUCUGUUGGAUUAUUCUCAGCUUCUUAUGUUGAUUCAAUCUAUGGUUUAUUUCCCACAUUUGCUCUAAUUGUAGCUUUGGCAAGUUCUUUACUUUAUUCAUCAGCUAAAAUAUCACCUGUUAAAUGCAUCUCUUCAAAAUACCAGGGAAUUGCAUGCUCUUUUGUUUCAGCUGGUGUAUACACAGGAAUUUUAAGCUUCUCCUUAUUAAUAACAUUUUUAUUGGAGCAAUUUCACUGGAAGGUUAUGUUUCGAAUACUCGCAUCCCUUGGAGUCGUUAUUUGUUUGUUAUGUUUAACCUAUGGUUGGAGCGAAGAGAAUGAAGGUAACUCCAACAGGAAUCGAACACCGUUUUGCAACUGGUACUUAUGCAAACAACCACGGUACUUUGUCUUUAUGUUUGGUUCAGCAGUAUCAAUGUUGGGAUGGCCUGUUGCAAAUUUCUUUUUGGCAGAUCGUGCUAAAAUUUACGGUAUUCAUGAAAACCAAUCAAAAUGGUUUUACGUAGCGAUUGGAAUUUUCGGCGUCACCAGCGGACUUAUAGCUGGAAAGGUUGGAGACAUGAUAAGAUACCGUGUUAUUUUGACCAUAUCCUGCCUCUUUUUUCAUGGUAUCAAUACACUUUUCAGUUACCUAUGCACAACUUACAGUACAUUAUUAAUAUACUCAGGCUUCUCUGGGAUGUUUAUUGGUAUUUACAAUUCUACACUUUGUCUCUCUGUAUUGGAUUGUGUUGGAGCGGCAAAUAUAGCUCAAGGCUUUGGAUUUCUUGUUUUUUUCCAAGGCUUUUUCCUGUCUCUUGGACCACCCUUUGCGGGUUUUCUAAGAGACGCAACUGGCACAUUUAAACUUCCUUUAAUUAUUGCUGGAUGUUUGGAAAUGCUCGGAGCGUUAAUAUCACUUCCAGUUGCAAGAGUGAAAAGAGGUGAUGUAAGACCUAGUCAGGUCGACUCUGGGAGUAGAGAAAACAACAACAGUACUGCUGUUUAAAGUAUCUCUUUCAUUUUAAAUUUGAUAUAAAGAAUUAAACUGUAGGGUAUAUGUACGCCGUAUACAUGUUCUACGAGUAUAUGAAACCGCUAUCUGGAAAUUUACUUGAAACAAAAUUUAUAAUAUUGACAGGUAAAUUGUGCAGAAAUAUUGCUUGAAUGACAUUUUACAUAUUAUGACAUAUAUAGCUUUAUAAUAUUAUUGAAAAUGUAUUAAUAUAUAAUAUGCAAAUUGUUCGUAUAAAAGGCGAGUUUAGAGAAUGUUU